UGCUCCGCGCCUCUCCUUCCGCGAGCGUUUCCGUACGCUAAGAUGGCAGCGCCCGGCGGUCGCUCAGCGCGAGCGCUGGUGCAGUACGUGGUGCUGCGGGGGACCUGCAGGCGGGGACCGCUCUCGUGGCCGCUGGGGGCCCUGGUGGCUCAGGCCUGCCACGCGGCCCUGGCGGUGGUGCAUGCGUACUACGGGCAGGCGGACACCGGGGCCUACCUGGCUGAGGGGGGCAGCAUGAGGACCGUGGUGCUGGAGGCCCUGGAUGAGGGUGCCUUGACGACGCUCGCUGAGACUCUGAAGCAGCACAACAUCGAUCACAAAGUGUGGAUAGAACAGCCAGAGAACAUAGCUACUUGCAUCGCACUCAGACCCUACCCCAAGGAGGAAGUGCACCAACAUCUGAAGAAAUUCAAAUUGCUCAAAUGACCUUUACCCUGGCUUCCCAUUAGAGACCCUUCACCUUCAUAGUGUCAUACAGACCUAACCAGAACAUGUAGCUUUCCUGGGUGCGUCUGGCUGUAAAAAUGGUACAGAUAUAUAUGGAGACAAUAAAGCUGCAUAUGUCCUAAAGCAUCAUUUUUAGAUGCAUCUGCUGAAGAACAUGUAACACUUCUACUGCACGUUGCUGUUAAAGCCAGUGUUCUUCAAUGGAGAUGAUGACACACUCCUGUCUUUCACUUCCAUGGAAAGGGAUUUCGGUGGAAUGUAUGAAUGCAGCUUAUUCCACAAUAAAUAUUCACUUAUCAGCUUUGAGCCAUCAAAAUUGCAGUGAGCAAAGAUGGAAAAGAUCUAAUGGGACGCUUAGUCUGUGUCCCAGCCAGUCUGUGUCCCAGCCAGAGUGGCUUUUUCCCUACAACAAACUCACUCGGUUGUGUCAAUUCUCAUUUUUAGAUUUCUCCAGAAAUCCACUGCAGCCGGGGGAAAUUAUUCCCUAGACCAACACGUCUUGCUUUCUAGGGCAGAAGUUUUCUCGAACAUUCAGCCUAAAUUUCACCCCAUUACUCCUAUCUCUGAUGCUGAAUUCUUCUCCUGCCAUGGCCCAUAGAGAAUAGGGAGUAGCGAAAUGUCCUUUAAUUUGUCUUUCAGUCCUGUCAGAACUGUUUUAGUUCCGUCUUCCCUUAAGUCAGUUCCUCCAGGCCUCUCAUCCUCCUUGUCGCUCCUCUCUGAGCUCUCUCCAGUUUGGGUCUUCCAAAUUAUGAGACACCCACGUGCAGGCUGCCCUCUAACAGCUGGGGUGAUUCCUCUGUAUAUGCAGCCCCAAAUCAUCGCUACCGUAUUGCAUAACAGGCCUGCAGUUACACCCAGGUUUGCAAUCUGUGGUGCUUUAGGUCUCCCAACACUACCACUGCCUGGCUUUCUCCCUUCAUUGCCUCCCUGUGAAGCAGCAGAAUUGUCCACAGCUAUUUGAUAGUUACCCAGAGUUUGAUCGUGGGGAGCAGGUCUUGUUAAUACUGCUGGUAGAGAGCUACCCUAUAGCACUUGAGUAACUUGCCACAACCUAUAAUUUGGGCCCCGAGAUAAGAUCCAGCUGCCUGUAUGGCACUGCCAGCUGUUCGCUUGCUUCCCCAUAAUAUAGAUGCCAACGGAGUGGGGUGAGGACAUCACUCCUUACAAGGGUUUGAAAUGAGCAAAUGCUAAGAAAGGGGGAGUCGCAGAAUGAAAUUAAGAAAGGGAAAAAUGUAGGUUGAAUACAAGGAAAAGCUCCUGGAGCUCUGAAGCCCCGAUGACUUAAUCUCUAUCUAGUGUAUGCUGGAAGGCGCAUUCCUGCAUCCGUCACAAGGGGAUGGAGUGGAUAAGCCAACUGAUCUCUUCCCUCUCUGAUUUCUGUAUGAAGGAUCAUAACUGUCAAAUAGCUGCCCUGUGUGACACUGUCAGCUCUGCUGCUGCUCAGCUUUGGUAGCUUUUCUUAGCCUCUUUCUCCAUAUGGUGAGCACCCAACAACCUCACUAUCAGACAGGCUUCUCCCCCAGAUUCACCCCUUUUACCUUUGUUUCAACUGCUGCAGCUCUGCAUCCAGCAGAAGCCCUGAUGUUGUUUUCCCCUAAGCAAAAGACAAGGGAAAGCUUAAAAAUCUGUUCUUUUAGCAUAAGGAAUGAGUAAAUACAAGCAGUGCUAGGAGGGAAGGAGAGCUGUUACUGAAGAUACAGCUUUGCCCUCUGGGACAACUGUUCAAAGCUCCCAGUGCUAAGCACUAAUGCAUUGUGCAUUAGGCCUUAUUUCUGGCAAUUUCUUUUGCCACAUGGUUGCACUGUCUAAUGGGGAGUUUUAAAUAAACCCAAGUGUCUUGGUUCAAGCCAAGCAUUUAGCUUGUCACCCCAAGGGGCUAAUAUGAUAUGGAUAGAAAUGGUUAGUGAUGCUCUUCAAAGGGGGUUAGCGAAGCUAUUUUUUUGGACAGGAUUUAGAUUAUUCCGCAUGUGUUGUUACGAAGCCAGCCACACUGGGCUAAUGUCCAGAGCUAGAAAGGGAAACAGGCAGAUCUAAAGCACUGUCCAAGCUAAAAGUAAGAUGCUAGCACUGCUGGUGAGAGGGAGCGUCACUCCCUCUCCAUAUGUGACUCCAAGCAGCGUAGUUCCUAAGCGAAAAGGCUUGACUUUGUUUUCAUAAACCAGGUGAGUUCUUUAUGCAGGUAAGUCUCAUUUGCUCCCAUGUGGCUGUGAAUCGGCAGUUCUUAUUUCAAUGGAACUGGAGUUGAAAAUAAACAUGAUUUUCUUUACCAGUC